AUGAAGGAAACAAUAAGGUACUUGGCAGGAAUUGCAGGGCCAAGUGGUUUUGGCUCAAAUUCAACUGCAGAGCAAGUCACUCAACAAUAUUCCUCUUCAAAUAAUCUAACUGCUCUAAUCACUGGUGCUACUUCUGGUAUUGGAGGUGAAACAGCUAGGGUGUUAGCAAAAAGAGGAGUGAGAGUUGUAGUAGGUGCCAGAGACAUGAAAAAAGCUAUCAAAGUCAGAGAGAAAAUUAAAGAGGAGAGUCCUUAUGCUGAGAUUAUUCUAUUGGAAAUUGAUCUUAGCUCUCUUGCUUCUGUGCAGAGAUUUUGUUCAGAAUUUUUAUCUUUAGAAUUGCCUCUUAAUAUUCUCAUAAACAAUGCUGGUGUUUACUCUCAUAACCUGGAAGUCUCCGAAGAGAAAAUUGAAAAGACAUUUGCUACAAAUUACUUAGGAAAUUGGAAAGCAACAAACAAUCACAGCUGA